AGAUGAACUCUUUGGUCAGCUCAACCAACAACCUGGACCACACUCCGUUCAGGUCUCUGAGGCCUCGCAGCCAAAUUGGUUCAUCAGGAAGUGGAUCCUCAAGGACACAGGGGCCAGUCGUGUGCAGUGUGGCCCCUAAUCUUCCUGCCAGACCACCAUCCAGCUCAGACAACGGCUCCAUCAGGAAGGGCCCCUGGGACAUGGACUAUGAAGUCUACCCAGCUGACCCGGACUACUAUGGACGCCCAACAGUCCAAGAGUUCCCCCAGUUUGACAUCGUCGAAGACACCUACUCCACCUCUACUGUAGAGUCUCGCAGGAACUCUCGGUUUGGCGGCUUCCCGUUUCCAUUGGACCGCUGUGACCGCCGUGCGCCGCUUCCACCGUGCUACAGUAACCAGAACCUGGAUGACUUCUUAGGUCCAGACGGGCUUCCCCUCCCAAGCCCUCAGUGUCCAAACGAGUACACCGCCAUCAGCUACUACCCCACAAAGCACACGCGCAGCCUUGACAACAGCUCGGGAGGCUACAAGAGGCUCAGCAUGCGUCUUAGUGUGGCUAUGCCAUCCUAUGCAGAGCAGGCCGGCCAGUCUUCAGCGCCAAAUCCCGCCCAGCCUCAAACACGACCCGCAAGGCAGAACCCAUGUAACUUAGACGGAUCAAGCAUGGUGGGGAGCGAUUACGGAAGCUGUGAGGAAGUCAUGUUUUAAAGCAAAACCUACAUGUUCGUUAUCCGCUCUGAUCGUUUGUUUGGGGUUCACAAGUAAACCCAACAUGUAGAUGCCACCUGACUAUUCCUCUACGUUAAGGCAGCUUAGUGUUCGAGUACAUUUCAGAGAUGGGUCUCACACCAACUCAGGAGAUCAAGUCCUUUUCGUUUAUUCUGCUCUCUGAUGUACGA